UUUAAUAACGAGUCAUCAACCCCAUCAAUAAUCCAUUCCCCAAAAGAAGAGAAAAUCAAAGUGAUAAAAAAAACUAAAAAAUAAAGAGCAGCCCACGUUCUACUUAAUUGUAAAAAAAACAAAAAAAAAAAAAAAAAAAACAGAGAAUAGCUUCAAAAACACAUUAGAUCUUUCAGUUUCUCGAUCUUUUUCUCUCUAGUAAACUUCCGGGUUCUGUUCAGGAAUUGACACACGACAGAAAGCUCUGAGAGAUCACCCACCACAUACAAUACCCAGUUGUCAAUUUGGUUUUGGUGAGGUUGACAGAAACCAAAAGAGAACUUCUCCUUCAACCUUUGUGGGCGUUGAUGAGCUCGACCUCACAGACCCAUUACAUGAAGAUCCUCUUUCUGGUUCUUAACGAUGGCAACCAUAGAGAAAUCCCAUGUUGUCGAUGUGGAGGUAACUGCUAGCCAGAGCUCCGUCGCCGGAGGGCGUGACGUGUACUUCGAUACCGGAGACCGUUCAGAUAAUGAGCAGAGGUGUUCAAGCGGGUCUGGGACUGAGAUUGUCGGGGUGUCUGAUAAGGAGAGAGGGUCCUCUGCGUCGGAAUGUUCUGCGGAGGUGGAUCUAGAACGUGGACUGCCCGAGAUUAAGGUACAUUUGGCCAAAGUGGAGAGGGAUUGUAGGAUUUGUCAUUUGAGUUGGGAUGCCGCCAAUCUCGAAUCUGGGGUUCCCAUAGAGUUGGGGUGUUCCUGUAAGGAUGAUCUGGCUGCUGCCCACAAGCAGUGUGCUGAGGCAUGGUUCAAGAUUAAGGGAAACAAGACCUGUGAGAUCUGUGGAUCUAUUGCACACAAUGUUUCUGGUGCAAAUGAGGCCGAGGUGACGGAGCAGUGGAAUGAGACAAAUGAUGCAGUAGCAAUAGCACCUACGCACUCAACAGAGACUCCACGCUUCUGGCAGGGUCACCGAUUCCUGAAUUUCCUGCUUGCUUGUAUGGUCUUUGCAUUUGUCAUCUCUUGGCUCUUUCACUUCAAUGUACCCUCAUGAAAACCUGUGACAAAAAAUAUGACAUUUCUCUUGCGUUGAUAAUUGAGAAGCAGCAACAAGGUUUAUGGCUGGCCCUUA